GUCGACCUUCUCCCGUUCGCUCCUCCGUCUUUUGCUUGAGUUCUCGAACGAAUUCUUUCUGAUUUUAUCGCCCUAGUGGCAUUGUCUUUCAUUUAUCCGUGAUUUCGUUAUUUGUCCAUUAUGCGCAUUAAGCAAUUAUGGAAUAUUAUCCCUAUCCCAUCCAAGAUCAAGUUACUGUGGGAUCGGAUAACUCUUUCACGCACGACCACCUUUUACUUCAUAUUUUCCAUCCUACAUUGCGUUCUCCAAAUCAUCUUCCAAGGGCAGGCCUUUCGUAUCAAUGUCGGGGCUGCUCAAUUCUUGGCUUCGAUCACGAAACAAGGAGGCACCAUCGAUUCGAAUGCAUUCUACGUUCUGGGGAGUGACCUUCGCCUUUGCGACAGUAUCCCAGCAGACUUCAGCACUAGCUCUUGCCAAGUAGUCUGGAAUGGUACGGCGGUUGGGGACAAUUCAAUGGCAUCCGCAAAUGUAGUGGCAUCGACCCCCAUGACUACUUCACAUUCAACGGGGACGUCAAGUUCCAUGACCUCAACCCUUUUCACUUCGUCAAGUUCGAAGGUGUCCACUAGUUCAACGAGUUCGAGCCGUGCUACAACAUCGAGUUUCACGACGUCCGCAAGUCCAACGACUACCUCAAUCUCGAGUUCAAAAGCAUCCACGAGCCUAGUGUCUUCGGUGCAUACCACUACCACUACCUCAUCGGCGAUGGCUUCAAACGCCACUGAUCACGCAAAGCGCUGGGAGAUUGCUGCUGAAAUGCCAAACAAACGCAACCUCGGUGGAGAUCUUCAAACCGUCGAGGUCAAUGGCACCGUACAAGUCAUUGUCUCCGGAUUUGGCUGGAACAAUGAAGUAGCUGUUCUAGAUCGACAGUGCCUUUGGGCUCUGAAUUACCCAGUUCAAAUCCUUCAGCAGACCGAGCGGGAAGAUUUGACCUUCAUCGCUUUUCAAAUCUGGGUUCUCGGAAUGUCCAUUGUCGCUAUCCUGAACGAAUCUGUCCCUCACACCGUUGCAACUCUUCUGACACACAUGCUAGCUACUGGAUGGGCAGGUUAUCAGAUAUUCAACACCGCUCAAUUUCACAGUGACUUCACGAGAUUGUCAACCAAUGGAGCUUGCGAUCCGAUCAAUCUUUUACCGUCAUAUUGGAACAGUCGCUUUGCUGCUGAAACCGCUAGCUUGGUGCUGAAUGUCGUUGCGCUGUUGGUUUCUUCCUUUCUGUCAUGGAGACUUGCCAAGCUCUUUGGCUGGCAGACUUUCAAGCGCGUCGGGGCUUCAAUCACUAUUAGUCGUGUCUACAAACUUGUGCUCGUGCUCUCGAUUGUCAUCCAACUCGCGCUCUUUUUCAUGGUGAUCGCCAUCUCGCUUUGGCUUGAUCAACUCUGCAAUGGCAAUAUUGGGCGUCUUAACUCCUCCCCUGCAUACAAACCGUUGCUGAUUGUCACUCUCAUCCUCAUGCUUCCGUGGUUGACCACAGGUUGGUAUGGUGUGCGCCGAGAACUCAAGAUCCCUAUGUUCGUAUUUCUUGCGCUCAGUGUCGGAUACCUUGCGGGCUGGGCAGCAAUGUUCGAUUCCACUGCGUUCCGAUGGACAUACAUGACCUGGACGUUCUUUGGGGUAAUGACCUCCGCUUCCGUUUUCCUGACUCUUAUCGCGUUCAUCCUGGGUAUCAUAUGUCGUAUCAACUUUGGAAAGGGGCUUAUACGCUAUCUCAAUGCAGAAGAGCCGAUCCCAGAGGACUUUGUACCCGUGAACUACGGAGAUGAUCUGGAAAAGAUCGCAUUCCCUUCGGACGAUAGGAACGUACCCACUUUCUCCACCGCUGUACAAGAUGUUCCCCCCUCUCAGAUGUCCGCACCUCGUAUAUGGGAGAUGUUCUCCACACCUGAAGGUUCAUUCCCGGCCCCGGGAGCCAUUCAAGUGCCCCCGGCAGCGCUGGCGAGGCUUCCAUCCUAUGGGUCCUACCACACCGUUGAGCGACACCAGUCCAAGAGUAGCACUCAUAGUUCAUCGAGUACUACUUCAAGCAGAUACGGCAGUGACUCUACAGCUGGACAUUCCAAGCGCUGGGUCAUCGAGUAAAUGACACUUGCGAUUUGCACAAGCUCCCAGUGUAUUCGAUUCGUACUUGUAACAUCAAUACCACUGGGUGGUCGUUUUAUUUGAUGCAAUUCAUACAAAAUAGAGUUUCGGUUUGGUGCGGUGACAGUUGCUUAAAACUGCUGUUGGACACGUUGAUAUCUCCCCUCCC